AUGCAGAGUAAGAGAGGACAUCUGGACCUGUUCCUGCGGUUUCUGAUGGGAAUUUCAGUGGAAUCCAGUCAAAAUCUGCUCAAAGGCCUGAUCACACAGACUGAAGACACCACAGAGAGCAUCAGAAAUCUAAGUGCACACAUUAAAGAAUUACAACAACAGGACAUCUCAGAUGAAGCUUCAGUCAACCUGUUCUACUGCUUACUUGAACUCAAGGAUAAUUCAUUAUAUGAGGAAAUCCAGAGUUGCCUCAGUUCAAAUGAACAUCCAGGAAGAGAUCUCUCAUCUUCAAUGUGCACAGUGUUGACCUCAGUACUGCUGAUGUCAGAGAAGGUGCUGGAUGAGUUCAAGCCAAAGAGGUUCACAUCAGAAGAAUCAGACUACAGGAGACUCAUUCCAGCUGUAUUGUGUAGAGAUAGUGUGUGUGGACGCUAUUACUGGGAGACUGAGUGGAGUGGGCUUGUGGAGAUAUCAGUGUCAUAUAAGAACAUCAGCAGGAAGAGACCGGCAUUGCUUGAACCUGUAGAUGCUGUUAAAAAGAGUUUUCUGUUCUUUCUAAACUCAGUUCUGUACGAGGGCAAGAUGACAGAUGAAUUCAUCGCAAUAGAGUCGGACCUCAUCGAGUUCGAUGAGGACAUGGAAGAACUGUCGGCACCUGAGUUUGUGUGUCACUGUUGCUACGAUGUCCUCGUGGCAGCUGUCUUUCCCAGAAUUAACAUCCUCCUUCGGGAUGCAGCGGAGAAGAAGUUUCCAGAUAAGAUAAAGAGACGGAGGACGGCUCUCCAGAGUGACCAACGGUUCCAUUAUUUUCUCCAGAUAUUCCAAAAGUAUGGGCAGGUUAUAUUGUUUCGAUAUUACUGGGUUAGCACUGAAUCCGAUUAUGACAUCUUGGUUCAGAAGCCAAUCAACAGGUGGAAACCCCAUGAUGUCAUUCUGUGGGUGGAGCAUCUGGGUCCCUGGAGCAAUCAGUACAGAGAAACGUUCCACAAAGCACAAAUUAAUGGAAGUUUGUUGGCUCAUCUCAGGGAUGAAGAACUGUCUGCUUUUCCGUUUCAUGUUAAGAAUCCAUCGCACAGACAGGUCAUUCUGGAGGAAAUCCGGAAAAUCAAAGACCACAAAGUCAAACUACCCCAAAACCUCUGGGAGUACAAGGCUGCAAAUUUAGGAAAAUCGCUGUUCCUCCAGUUUGGCCUGAGAGAAUUUCCACGUGUCACUUUCCUCUACUUGUACCUGUUUGAUUAUGAAGACACCUUUCUACCCUUCAUACACACCUGCUGUCCUGCAUACAUAACGAAUGCAAUGCAGGAUAUCCCACCUGACCACGUACCGCAGGAGCCAAGCCAACGUCAGUGGGUGGAGUUUCGUGUGAAGGUUUGUCUGAUGCCCUAUCUGCUACUGGUUGACUUUGCUUGGCAAUGGCUGAGCGUUCAUUGCUGGAUAUCAUGGAUUGUGAUUGGUAAUUCCAUGGUGAUGUCAGUAAUGGAGUAUGUUUAUGUCUGGACACUGUGGAGAAGAAGAUGA